GUCUAUGGUCCCAACUGCUACUUUGCAGUAACACGUGAACAAAAGCGGUACGCAGUAUUUUCAAGAGCGCUCACGUGACUUGACGGUCAUUCAACGAGAGCGUGCUGGCUCGACACCAGUGAGCAGGUGCAGCUGUUUUGUCGAACACGGACCGCUUCAUUCAACGAGUUUCACUGUUCUGGACGGAAAUGACUGGCAGAAGUUGAUCUGGGCUCAGAACAGACUGAUGGAAAUCUUCGCAAAUCAAGCUAAAAAAAUCCUCACAAUCGAACUUCAAGAUGUUCUACAGCAACAUGUCUGGAAGGAGGAGGAGGAUGAGCUGCAACUUAGUCUGGACCACAGGAAACCAGAUCUUCUACAGGUCAAAGAAGAAGGACUGAGCCCAAGUAAGGAUGGACAGCUGCUUAAACUGAAGCAGGAGACUGACGUGACAAUUCAGGUCAAGACUAAAGACGAAGAAAUGACUAAAGAUGUGUCACAGUAUCAAAUCUGUCAGCAGCAACUCUGCAAACAGGAGAGGGGCAGCAGUCUGGAUCUUGAGGAAAAACAACCUCGAUCAAUAAAAGAAGAAAAGGCGGAACUCUUGAGCCGUCAUGAGAGACAGCAGCCUGUGGUGAAGCAGGAGAUGGACACUUUAACUAUGACUCCUUAUAAUGGUGAAGAUGCUAACAUUGAAACGGAACCCAGAAGUAUUACUAUUGUGGCUGAAAGCCAGGUUCUGGAUGGAAAGGUUUGGGAUUUUUCAAGUUCUGCUGAAAACACAGAAAUGGAUCUGGAUAAGAGAUUUGAUAGGAAAAAAGAGCCAGUUAGCAGUCCAGGUAACUCGUCCUUGUCAGACAAAGGUAAAGAGCUUUGUUUUUGCCAGACAUGUGGUAAAGGUUUCAAGAAUAGUAGUUCGCUAAAGGUUCACAUGAGAAUUCACACAGGUGAGCGGCCGUACACGUGUGAAACAUGCGGGAAAAGUUUCACUCAAAACAGUACUUUGGCUUAUCACACCAGAGUCCACACAGAUGAGAGGCCCUUUUCCUGCAGCAAGUGUGGAAAAAGCUUUUCUCAGAGAGGAACUCUAAAUGUUCACAUGAGGACUCACACAGAGGCCAGGUCCUUCCCUUGUGACGUUUGUGGAAAGACUUACACCAGGUUUGGCUCCUUAACUGUUCAUAUGAGAAGCCACACGGGUGAACGGCCAUUUCUCUGUGAGAGGUGCGAUCAAAGUUUCUUCUGCAGGAGCACCUUGAAUUCACACAUGAGGACGCACACAGGUGAGAGGCCGUUUUUCUGUCAAGUAUGUCAAAAGGCUUUUUCCCAAAACAGCACUUUAGUCGCUCAUGUUAGAACUCACUCAGGCGAGAGGCCCUUUUCCUGUGAGACAUGUGGAAAAAGUUACACAAAGUUGAAAUAUUUAACUCGCCAUAUGAAAAAUCACAAGUGAAAUGGAGGUGGGGUUGAAAUUAAGAAACUCAAAUUGAUAGAAAAAGUUUUUUUUCUGAGAAGGCAAUUGGCAGCCAGCAGUGAAACUGCAACACAUCUUAUUGUUAAGGAAACAUUUAGGUUUUGUUAUUUGCAGCAUUUAUAAUUUAUUCAAUGUUCUAUUGUGGCCAAAAUUCCCUAAAAGCCCUUUAGAGCCUUGUUUCUCUUAAACAGGAUUCCAUAUCUGAACAUAUGGAAUACCAGAAAAGCAAAAUGUGAGGACUGUUUUCUCUGUAUCUCCCUGAAAAAGAUUGUUCUGAUUUGAGCAAUAUUUCUAGAAUAAAACAAGGCAUCAUUAAAAAGUGAUUGUAAGUGAAAUGCUCUAAUCUGUAAAUAUUUACAGUUUUUUUCUGAAAGUUCUCUGAAUCUGAAAAUCACUAGAACAUAAAAACAAAACAGACACAUUUUUAGAAAAGAUAUUUGUGAAGAAGUUCUUUUAGAGAAGAAGGAAGCACGCGAUCUCGGUUGAAUUAUUUCUGGAACAAGUAAAUUUAGGUUUGCCAAAUAACUAAAUAGCUUCAAGAUUACAAAGCACCAAACAUGUUAAUGUUUUUGGCACGAGGAAUUUCAUCAUUUCCUUUUAGCAGUAUGUUUAACUUUCUUUAUGAUGAAGAUAGUAAUCUGCUGUGCUGGGGGAUGAAAUAAUCUGUAAUGUACACAUAGUCCAAAUAAAUGGUAAUGGAAUGCAUUUUUACCAGAAAUACCAAUCUGAAUAGAAAUAAGUUGCCUAAAAAACAUAAAUAAAAUAUAAGCAAAAGGCCGAAUGCACAAUUUAAUCCGAGAACUGAUAAAAGUAAGCAGUUUUUAACUUCUAAGUUUAUGAGAUAUUCUGGCAUCAUAUUUCCAUGUGUUUUGAGAACUUCUUUUAAUAAAGAUGGUGCUUAACUACAAA